AUGCGACGAGCUACGCGUAGCAAUGCUGCGUAUAGUAGCGAAGACGACAACAACGCUGGUCUCUCGGACAAGAACGACUCGUCAUCCGGUCUGGAUGUUGGUCAGCUUCGCCGACUCCAGAAAGCAAGAGGACCACGCACUAUCCGUCGACGCAGCUACGUCCCGAGUAACGAAGAGGAUGGAGAAGAAUGGAGUCGGUCAGAUGAAGAAUACCACAAACACCUCAAGCGCUCACUGCGUCGAGCGUUUGAUUUCUUCGAUCUGGACCAGACUUCGACGAUCGACAAACGCGAGCUUAGUCACGUGCUACGAGCGUUAGGUCACGAGUUCACGUCGAAAGAACUGGAAGCUGAAAUGGCGAGUGUUGACCUGGAUCGGAAUGGACAACUGGACUUCCACGAGUUUGUGACGUUCGUCAAGAAGCAGCUCGCUCAGAAAACGUAUUUAUUGUCGCAACAACGCGAGAUGGAGAUCCGCCAGUCCUUCCAGUCUCUCGAUACCGACAAGAACGGAGCUCUGGACGAGCAAGAGUUCGAGUAUUUGGUCUACAAAGUGCUGCAAGUGGAACUGUCAAUCGAGGAGCAAGCUGCUCUGCUGGAUUUCGUCGACAAAGACGCCGAUGGCUUGAUCAGUGAAGAGGAAUUUAUUGCCUUCAUGAAGGAGCUGGAGAGUCUGCAGCGUAAAAACAGUGGCAAAGGUGGCUGGAGGAAGCAGAGAGAGUUCAUCGAUUCUCUCGACGGCAUCUCUCAGCUGGCCUACUCUGCAAUGAAGAAGCUUGUGCGUGGAGCUCCCAUGGACAUUGACCGCAGUCUGCUCAUGUUUUUCGGCAUUCCUUCCAACUUCCGUCCAGCGAUCUCGUCUGCCGCGACGUGUCGGACACUGAAGCGCAACACGAUGGAGCAUGUGCUGUCAUUCCCUUCACCGCAGACUAUCGAGGCUUUGGCUUUGGACACCCGAGUGAGCGAUAAGAAGUCGUGGUUUACACUGAAUCGCCUUGAUACCAACAGCGAAGAGUAUCGAAUGCUACAGAUAGCGGAGAGUGUCGAGGCACAAGCGGUUGUAUCUCUCAAGAGAGCAGCGGGAGUGCCCAAGCCUUUUGACACGAGGGAAGAUGACGUUGUGAAGCGCUGUGUUCACGUGUGUUUGUUCCAAGAGCAAGAAGAGAGUUCUGCUACUGUUUCUGGCUUUGUGGUGGGUAAUGUGCACGAGAUCCCCGUGUAUUGGCAUCAGGGUGAAGAGGACGUGUGGGAAUUCUCAAAGAAAUCCACCAAGCAAGACAAGUACAAGUUCCUCGUGCGUACGAACGCGGUGAACGACCAUUUGUACUUGCUUGUGGAGUUUAUUGUGCAUCUCAGGUUAAAUGGGAGCGAUGACGAGACGAGUGUCGACGCAGAAACUCGAGAGAUGGUGUGCUGCUGGUGCAAGAUUCCAGCUCGACAGCUAUUGGCUAAACGCUCUGGAAUUUUACGUCGGAAGGAGAAAUUGUGGGGUGGCACAGCGAAUGCCCCGGUGGAUAUCGAGCAGGAUGAACUACUGCGGCGACGAACUGGCUGGCGGGCGUUCACGAAUAUGUUCACGAAGCCAUCUCCUCCACUCAUGGGCAUCAAGAGCGUUCCUAUUGACUUUUUGUCAGAAGAUCUGCAGCUUUUCGUUCGGAAAAUGCCGCCAAUUGUGAUAGCACCGUUCGUGUCGCUGCCGAUCCUGGCCGAGUACAUGACUCUUGUGAGGAAAACCCUCGCCUGUGUUACCAGCUCCUCUUCAGUUAUGACAUGCGAACCUGCGCUUAAACUGCUGCCGAAAAUCGUCGACGACCACGUCGCGCUGUCAAUUUUUCGCAAAGCUUUCGACUCGGAAGUGGCAGGAAUGAAGACCGGUGAGGAGCGGCAGCUGAAGUUCGAGCAGCUUGUGCUGCGUAUGUGGCCGUCGUUCGUGCACUGGCAGGAGCGUCUCCCUCCUUCGCUCCUACCUCCAGUCAAACUACCCGGCUUGCCCCCCAAUGCCAGAGCACCAGAUAGUGUUCCACCGAAAGGCGUAUCGGCUUCUAUCUCCACCACCGAUGAAGAAGAUCCUCUAGUGGCGGCCCAAAUGAGACUCAACUUGCUACAGAAAACAGCAGCAGGCAAACUUCGCCUGCAAGACGUCCGCGUGACGUCCACGCCAUUCCACGUGCGCGAAGUUGCCUUCCGCCGUUUGUUGUAG